CUACAAAAUCUACCGAUUCAAUAAAUUCACACCCUAAAUCCCAUUCUCCAAACGACCCCUUAAAUGAAAGAACCCAUUUGAAAUCUUUUUCUGAUAAAUGAUACUAAAAUUUAAUACAAUAGUAUGUUUGAAACUUCCCAAAGUAGGAGGACUAAAGUGUGUUUAACUGCUUAUAAGGAGACUAGCUUGGUGCCUGGCCUUUGGCCGGGUGUGAAAUGUGAGAGGAAUUUGUUUGUGAUUGUGUUAUUUGCAUAAUUUGUUUAUUUGUCUUGCGUUGCGUGUGCUACAAAUUUUUUCAAAUACAUUCAAAGGAAUUUUUGUUUGUGACUAGCAAGUGUAUUUUACACCAAAAUAAAACAAACAAAUAUAUAUUCAUAAAACGACCAAAUAUUAUUCACAUUGUUUGGGUACUGAUGAUUCGUUACGUUACACCAUCAGAACUUAUUUAUAACAACAUACGCUUAGCUGAAAGCUAUUGUUCUAGUUUCCGCGAAGAAUUGGCUUGCGUGAGUAGUAGGUGAGGCUGGAAAAGGUUAUGUUGAAGAUUUUGAGUUGCAUCGUAUAAGCCUAUAAGGGAAUCAUAGAUACUACCAAGCGGUACAUAUGCCUUCAAUCGACACAGACCUGUAAAAUGACGUAAGGUUGAACAUGGUAAAUUUCUUAACACCAAGCAAGGAUGAACAUGGUUCCACUAUGUUGGCAUUUGAAUCAAAAUUGUGCUUUCUCCUAAACUCCGGGACUUAUUGUUUGGGAUCUUAUCUAAAAUGGUGGUGUCAGAGAUAGCAGUAGCAUGUUUAGCUAUGAAGCAUCAAUACACCAUUGUUAUCAUGAGUAUUAGAGUAAUUAGGUUACCUAGGGUGUCACGUGGAUGAAAUGAAGAUUGAAAUCCAUGGUAGCAAUAUAAUGAAACACAGUUGGAAGCUUUGUCACAGCCAGAAGAUGUAUACUUUAAAACUCAGAUACUCUCAAAGCAUCGAAUGAACUACAUUUAAGAUGAAAAGCUUCUGAAUAUGAUAGAACCUAACCUGAAAACUGAGGGAGUAAGAACUGUAACCUUAUGUCGAAUACUGGCCCUUGUAGUUGCAGUAAUCGGAGACAAAAAAAAAGCAUAAGAAGAUAGAAAAAAUAAGCAGCAAAAUGAGGGGAAAGGAAGAAAGAGAGCAAAAGUUACUACUUAAGAGAUAUGGCAAGAAAUAAGAGCAGGGGGAAAAAGACCCUACUACUGCAAAGGAAAGUACAACAUUUCAGGUUGGAUAAUGAGGACAAUUAGAUCCGACAAUGAUUAGAAAAGUUGGUUAAAUAUGAAGUCGGCUCUAUUUGCCCGACCCAAUCUAAGCAGGCAACAUGAUGGAUGCUACAGAGGUACAAUGAAGAAAGAAACUACUCAAUAAUCCCAAUUUGAAACCUGAGAAAACAGAUUCAAUCGAACAUAAUAUAAUAUAAAGUGCAAUAGGCAAGCAUCUAAGUGAAUUCAAAUACCAUAAUGAAAGAUCACAACACUAGUUAUGAUUUUCGUGCAUGCAUCCCACAUGGUACUCUGCACAAAGGGUGGCUCCAUUUAAAUCCAAUAUUAGAGCAACAUCAUAAACGAAGAAAACAAAUCACGAGAAACGCAAAAGAGUUGAGAGGAAAUUGCAUAAAGAUAUUUAGGAAGGCAAGAAGGACGUACUAUCUGGGAUUGAAAGGCGACCUUUUUUUCAUGGGUGAAAGGCGGCCUUCAUGUGGUUGGUAAAUGCGAAUCAUCUGCGGAAUUUGGCUUAGCGGGCAGGAAUUGACAGGGUAAUAAGGGGCGAAGCGACGGUGACGACAUCUUAGUAGUAAGAGCAGCCGAAUCCCCAAUGAAAUAUAAUCGGCAACCCAGAAUUGACGUUGAACUUGGAUAAAUUGAUGGAAGAGAAUUGUGUCUGAUUGGAGUAGCGGAAUCUCCGCUAGAAGUGAAACAACUAAGCAAAAUCGCCAGGGAAAUUGGGGCUAAUAGAUGGUUUUGGCCUCUGUUUGCAGAGAGAAGUCGAAUCCCCGUCAGAAAGACAAUGUAAUAUGAAAAGGCUCCAACACCGAAAGAUAUAACUGGAGAGUAGUGAUUAGUGAACGAAAGAUGUUUGCAUAUCUGGGAAUGAAAAUCUCGCUGGACGAAUGAGAGGAAGAGAGAUUUGGGGAGGGUGUAGUCGUAACGCUGGUUGGUGUGUGCGCUAUCAAAAGCCUGGUGUGCUGGCAAAAGUCUAUUGUGGAUGAUGUUUUUGGUGUGUGCGAUGAGAAUACUGAAGGGGGUGGAAGUUACUGCAGAUUUGGGGGGAAGGAGGCCAUUGGCUUCAAUAAAGACGAACGGAGACGACGAUUCCAAAAGGAAGAGGCGCUAUCCAAAAGAGUUUUAAUAUUUUUUAAGAAAAAAGGAAAACGGAAAUCGAAGUUUGCGGGAAAGCUUUCUCAGACCUUGAUUGAAAGAACUCAUUUGAAAUUGUUUUCCGAGAAACGGUCGUAAAUUUAAUACAAGUGUACGUUUGAAACUUUCCAAAGUAGGAGGACUAAAGUGUGUUUAUCUACCAAACAAAAAAAUAUUCAGAACUCACGGACUCGGAGGGAACGAGUUGCGAGUCAAACCCGAAACAUAACUCGACGUUACUUUUUAUUUCUUCGUUUUUCAAAAAGUAGAAAGAGAUGGCGUUGUUUUCUCUCUUUUUUUUUCUUCCAAUUUUAAUUUUUUUUAUCUCGCCCUAUUAGGGCUCCACUUUUCUGCUUGCAUUGCAUCUCUCUGCUCGUCAAUCUGCACACUCUCAGUCCUCAGACCAGUGAAACCUGCAAAAUCCCAGACUUCGAUGGCGGUCGCGUCACCUUGAGCAGUUAUUUUUUGCGUUAUCCGCACAGACGUUAGGGCUACCCAUCUACUCCGUGCGUGUCUCCGCAAUUGAGCCGAGCUUGUUCAUCAAGAAGUUUCAGAAUCGCGGGACGCGCGAUUUCGUUGUACAGAACCAGCAACUUACGGUCGAUUGCUGUUUAUCUCGCCCCCUCUUGAUCUGAUUAGACUAUAUCGAGGUAUUUACUGGUGUCUGCUCUUGUUCAUUGGAUUCUUACUUCUUAGGGAUCCGCAUGAAGGUAAGAUCUUUCUUGCUACCGGUGCCAUCCUUUGUGGGAACUAGAGAUUUCUGGCUCUCGUCUGUUUAGGGUUAGUUCAGUUCGUUGUGCUUGAAUUUUGUCCAAUGGAGUCCACCGAGGUCAAAAAGAAGGGUCGAGGAAGACCGAGGAAGCGAAGGCGUGAGGAAGAAAGUGAGAAGAAUGAUAAAAAAACUGGGAGUGCGUUCAAGAAGCGGAUUUCUGACAUGUGGUGUAAGCCACUUCUGGGUAGGUUUGUGUUGAAAGACUUCGAGGGCAAUGGGCUUUUCCUUGGGAAGAUCGUGCAUUAUGAUACGGGAUUGUAUAGAGUUGAGUACGAAGAUGGGGAUUGCGAAGACCUGGACAGUAGUGAACUUCGUAGUAUCAUUUUAGGCGACGAUGACUUUGAUGACGGACUAGUUGGGAGGAGACAGAGAUUGGAUGAAAUUCUGAUUAAGAAAAGUGAGGCUCGGAAGGAGUUGGAGAAGCAAAUUGCACGUUCCAAGGAUGAAGUGGUGGUGGUUGAAGCACCUCCAUUGGGCGAGAUGAACGGUGUGUGGAAAGCCGGGAAUGAUGUGGAACCGGAAAAUGAUGCAGAUUCCUCGAGUGACUCAUGUGACUAUGCGCAGGAAGGGGAUCUGGGUCUCGAGGAAGAGGUCCCAGUUCUACCCCCUCCAGAACUGCCGCCUUCUUCUGGAAAUGUAGGUGUGCCGGAGGAGUAUGUUUCACAUCUAUUUUCAGUCUAUGCAUUCUUGAGAUCAUUCAAUAUACAGCUCUUCUUGAGCCCAUUUUCGCUGGAUGAUCUGGUGGGGGCAAUUAACUGCCGUGUGCAUAACACAUUGUUGGAUUCCGUUCAUCUUGCUCUGAUGCGUGUGAUAAGACAUCGUCUGGAGACACUUUCUACUGACGGUUUGGAGCUUGCUUCAAAAUGCUUGAGGAUUAUAGACUGGAACUUGCUUGAUUUAUUCACGUGGCCUGUUUUUCUGGUAAAUUAUUUUACAGUAAUGGGAUAUGCAAAGGGCCUUGAAUGGCAAGGAUUUCAUCAGGAUAUUUUGAAAAAGGAGUAUUAUUUGUUAACGGCUGGUAGGAAAUUGAUGAUCUUACAAGUCCUUUGUGAUGAUGUGUUGGACUCUGCAGAGGUAAGAGCAGAAAUUGAUAGUCGUGAAGAAGCAGAAUUUGGAAUAGAUCCUGAUUUAGUUGUAAAUGGUAUUCUGGAAAGUGGACCUAGAAGGGUGCACCCUAGAUUUUCAAAGACUUCUGCUUGCAAGGACACAGGGGUCAUAGGAAGCAUCACAGAAAACCAUGGAACUAAGUCCUCUCAAGAUUCAAGAUGUGUGGGCUUGCGCUCUGAAGAAAAUAAUCCAAAUGCUCAGACUGCUAACUCAGAUGGGAAUAGUGACGACUGCAGAUUGUGCGGAAUGGAUGGAACCCUGCUGUGCUGUGAUGGUUGCCCAGCAGCAUACCAUUCAAGAUGUAUAGGUGUUGGUAAAAUGUAUAUACCAGAUGGGCCAUGGUACUGUCCAGAGUGUAUCAUUAACAGAAUAGGACCUUCAGUAACUAUGGGAACAUCGCUUAAAGGAGCAGAAGUUUUUGGCAUUGACUUAUACCAGCAGGUCUUUAUGGGCACUUGCGAUCAUUUGUUGGUGCUCAGAGCUUUUGCUGACAAAGAACAGUGUUUUAGAUAUUAUAGUCAGAAAGACAUCCCAAACGUCCUGCGAGCUCUUUGUGCAUCUGAGCAACAUAGAUCAACGCACUUGGAAAUAUCCAAGCUGAUUGCGCAAUUCUGGAAUAUUCCUCAAAUUGACUUCUGCCCUGAUGAGAUGGUAGAGCAGGAUUUAAAGCCUGCUUUGGUAAAGGAAGAGUUCAAUAUUCCAAGUGUGUCGACUCCUGCAUGGGAGAUCAGUCAGAGAGUUCCUGAUGUUAUUAAGGCUGAAAAUCAAACUAGUUUAAAUGGGAAGAUUUCGGUCUCAUGUGUUGACACUUUGGGAGAGGUGACCACUCCGGCUGAAUUGCAUUGCGCUUUGAGCACUAUCGACACCACAAGAACCUCAGAUUUGGAUUUGGCAAGCACUAAGCUUCCUGAGCAGAUUCAAGGGGAAGGCACCGUAUCAAGUACGCAAGCUGAUCCAUCAGGCGUGACCCACCAAAGUACUACAUCCAACUCGGCAAACAGUGACAGUAGUCAUGUUGGGCGAGCAAGUGGCACUUCCUUACCUACCGUUAUGUCUUUCAAGGGAAAGGGUGCCGGUCUUGUGAACUCUGGAAAAGUGGCAAGAUAUGUGGGUGAAAAUGUUCUAUAUGUUGGUGCUUCUUUUAGACCUAAAGCCUACAUAAAUCAUUAUGUGCAUGGUGAUUUUGCGGCUUUGGCAGCUGCUACUCUGGCUGCUCUUUCCCCUGAAGAAACUCGAGCUUCAGAUGUACAUAAGUCAACCGGUGGCAAGAAGGCUAGCACUGAAAUUCUAUUGCAGGUGAAGGCGUUUUCCAAAGUAGCAUCGCGCUUCUUCUGGCCAUCUUCUGAAAAGAAGCUUAUGGAGGUUCCAAGGGAGAGGUGUGGUUGGUGUCAUUCCUGUAAGCUUACCACUAACAGCAGAAGGGGAUGCAUGUUAAAUUCCGCCUGCUUGACUCUGACUAAGGGCGCCAUGAAGAUCAUUAAUAGCUUGCGUCCAACAAUUGCUGGGGACGGAAUUCUUCCUUGUAUCUCAACCUAUAUCAUGUACAUAGGGGAUGUUUUAUCUGGGCUUACAAUUGGUCCCUUCCUCAGUGCAAGUUAUAAAAAAGAGUGGCUUAAGCGAGUUGAAGUUGCUUCAACGUGCAAUGCAAUAAAAGGUCCACUGCUAGAGCUUGAGGAAAAUAUCCGUCGUAUUGCUCUUUCAGGGGACUGGGUUAAGGCUGCGGAUAGUUGGGUGAUUGGGACUUUUAUAGCUGAAAGUGCUGCUACUGAAACUCGCAGUGUCCAGAGACGUGGACCAGCUGGGAAGCGUCACAAGAAACAAUCUGCAUUGGCAGACAGGGAAGUUGACGGUUGUGAUGAUAAGAGUUUUAUCUGGUGGCGAGGUGGAAAUCUCUUAAAGCAUGUGUUCCAUAAUGCAGUUUUGCCUGGGGCUAUGAUAAAAAAAGUUGCCCGUCAAGGGGGUUCAAGAAAAUUUUUAGGUAUCGGUUACACUGAUGAUUCUGAGAUCCCUAGAAGAAAUAGACAACUUGCUUGGAGAGCUGCUGUGGAGGAGUGUAAGAACUCAUCCCAAUUGGCACUUCAGGUAAGGUAUCUGGAUCUGCAUAUAAGAUGGAGUGACCUCAUCCGGCAAGAGUUGAAUCUUCAGGAUAGUAAAGGUCCAGAGACAGAAGCUUCUGUUUUCAGGAAUGCAAUUAUUUGUGAUAAGCAAGCUGAAGAGGAAAAGAUCACUUACGGAGUUGCUUUUGGGAAUCAGAAGCAUCUGCCUUCUAGGAUCAUGAAGAAUGUGGUUGGGGUAGAAAAAAAUGAAGAUGGUAAUGACAAGUACUGGUUUUCUGAAGCAAAUGUACCAUUGUAUCUGAUCAAAGAGUAUGAAGAGAAGAGACAGGAGGUUGCUUUACCACCAGUUAAAAAGCCAAACAAAGCACUGUCUGAGUUACAAAGACAACAACUGAAAGCUUCUCGUAGGAAUAUAUUCUCAUAUCUCGUGUGUCGGAGAGAUAGCUCCGAUAAGUGUUCUUGUGCUUCAUGUCAACUCGAUGUUCCUUUAAGGGAUACAGUUAUCUGCAGUGCUUGCCACGGUUACUGUCACAAGGACUGUACUCUACGUGCAACAACUUACAAAAAUUAUGUGCCUGAGCUCUUCCUCACCUGCAAACGGUGUUGCAAUGCCAGAACACCCUGCAUCCAGUUCAGCAAUAAGUCUCCAACCACUCCCCUCCCUUCGAGAAGUCUGGAAUAUAACAACACAUCGAUUUUAAACCAGGUCACAAAACCCAACAUCCGAAAUCAGCCCUUGGCGGCUGGUAAAAUAAAGUUGAUUAUUAAUUCCCAGAUGAAAACAGAAGCUGGAGUCAAAGUAAAGGUGCCAGAUGUAGCAACUGUUAUAAAACCCAAGGAUGCUGUUCCUCCUAAUAUGCAACAACAAGCUACUUCUGCUUCAAAACCAAGUAAAAAUAGCAGUUGGGGUAUCAUAUGGGCGAAGAACGGAGAUGACACAGGCGUUGCUUUUCGGCGUAACAAAGUUCUUGUAAAGGGCUGUUUAGAUGGUAGCAAGUUGCGCCCUGUUUGCGUGAUGUGCCAAAAAGAAUAUGAUCCUCAUCUCAUGUAUAUUUCUUGUGAAGCUUGCGACAGAUGGUUUCAUGCCGAUGCUGUGGAACUGGAGGAGUCAAAACUUCCUGAACUUGUCGGUUUCAAGUGUUGUAGAUGUCGCCGGAUAAAAAACCGACAGUGCCCUUACAAGGACGACGAUCCUGCUGCAGUGGUUGCUCAGGUCGGCAAAAAGAGGUCUCACAAGAAACUGGCAAAACAAGUGGACUCUGACACUACAGACUCCAUUCUUACAACUCCAAUGUUUCUUCCUACUCAGCAGCAACUGGUGAUGCCAAACAGCGAUCCUCUUCUCCCAAAUCUAUCGAAAGUGGAGCAAAUUACACCCGAGCAGAAGCCUGGACUGGUGGAUGGUGAAUGGAGUGCCAAUCUACUGGGCCCACAAAAGCUUCAGGUGAGAAGGCAAACCAAGCACCAUCACGAUGGGGAAUUUACCUCUUCUGCUAUAGAUUUUCAGCCCGAAACAAACAUCUAUGAUCAUCCUAACGAGGAGUACGUCCCUGGCAUGGAGUGGGAUCAGUUGGGUAAUGGUACCGUUGGUGGUGGUGAAGGGGAGUUGAUAUUGAACGAUGACGAUGAAGGUGGUUUUAACUUCGAGGACAUGGAGUUCGAGCCCCAAACCUAUUUCUCCUUCACCGAGUUGCUGGACCAGGACGAGGCUGCUGCUGGUGAAGUUGAUGCGGGCCAUCAUCAGGCUGCUGUUGCUGAAGUCGAUGUAGGUGACCAUCAGGCUGCUACAGCAGCAGCCGCAACUUACCCAUGGGAUGAUUCGGAAGCAGCAAUGGGGUCUGAAAAUCCUUGUUUUAGUACCAUGAUUCCUCCAUGCCAGUUCUGUUCGCUGGCGGAGCCAGCCUCGGAUCUAUAUUGCGAGAUUUGUGGCAUGACGAUGCACAGUAGUUGCGCGUUUGUGGCUGAGCUUCCCCCCGAGGAAGAUGGUAAGUGGAGGUGUGGGAGUUGCCGAGAAUGGCGAUAAGGUCGCGUCACGAUCAUCGUUGCGGUUUAUUCGUCAUCAUUUUUUUUCCUUUUUGAGGGUACUGGGUGUAUAUAGGGCGGGGCAGAUGUCGAAAUCUACUACACAGAUGAGAUUGGGAUCUACUUUCCAAUCACAUUUUUUAUUUCUUUGAAAUUUUUUGGCAAGUCAAAUAUGGUGGAAGGGUUGUUGGAGAGUGGGGAAGAGGCUUUAGUAAUUGUUCCAAUGGUGGAAGGUUUGCCCUUUUGUCUCAAGAUAAGCUACCGUCUUCCUUUUUCAUUUGGCAUUGUUACGCUUAUCUGAUUGGAAUGAUACAUCUGUUGAGAAAAAAGUGACCAGAGAAGCUUAGUCUAGUACAGAAAUUCCAUACCCAAUUCCACUAUUGUCAUUAUCGAUUUAGGACGGUUGACAAAGUUUAAUGCACUGAAUGGAUCUAAGCACAAAAUAAAGAACCAAAUGGUAC